GCUCUAACCAGCCAUCAUUAGCUAAUGUAAUAGCAGGAGAAGGUAAAAAUGAUGAGCAUGUCUUCCUUCAGAGGCUAUGGCAAGGUUGAGGCCGCAGCCAAGCAGGCAAGGCUUGAAGCUAGCUGGAAGACCCGAAAGAGAGUCACUGUCAUAAGCAUAUCAACCAUCAUUCUGGUUUGUGUUAUAGUUGCUGCUGUGCUUGGGACUUCUCAGAGUUCCGGUGGAAAUUCCAAAAGGGUUGGUGCUAAUUCUCAGUUUCACUCUACUGUAAAAGCCGUUUGUGACAUUACUUUGUACCCGAGUACUUGCUUUGAUAGCCUUGCUCCUCUAGCUAAGUCAAAAGACAUGCAACUUGAGGAAGUCUUCAAGUUGGCAACCCAAGUGGCCAAGACUGAAUUGCAAAGGGCCUCUCAAUUCUUCUCGGAGCACAGCAGUUUCAAAGGUAUAAUUGCAGACAUCAUGACUGAGGUGGCUUUGGAAGAUUGUCACCAACUUUUGAGCCUGGCAUUGGAUCAUUUGAAUAGCACCUUGUCCUCGUCCUCGGGUACUACUUCUUUCUCAUUGCUUGAAGCAGCCGAUGAUCUCAAAACCUGGCUUUGUUCUGCCGGCACUUACCUAGAGACGUGCAAAGACGGGUUUGAGAAUGCAAAUCCAACAUUAAAGACCAACAUUGUGAAUUGGCUGAAGAAUUCUACUGAACUAACAAGCAACAGCCUUGCCAUCAUAUCGUGGAUUUCAAAAGUACAGAGCUCUUUGAAGCUUAGGCGGCUAAUGAGUUUCUCAGAACACCAUCAAGUUCCAGAGUGGCUGAGUCCUAGAGAUAGGCAGCUACUUCAAAGUUCGGAUCAUUUGAAGAAGAAGGCCCAAAUCGUUGUAGUCAAAGAUGGCUCUGGCCAGUACAGAAAUAUAACUGCUGCUCUGAAAGAUGUUCCUGAUAAAAGUGGCAAGAGGUUCGUGAUCUAUGUGAAGGAAGGGAUAUAUUAUGAGAAUGUAAGGGUCGAUAAGACUAAGUGGAAUUUUGUGAUGAUUGGUGAUGGAAUGAAUGCGACAAUUGUAUCUGGUCGCCUCAAUUUUGUGGAUGGGACACCAACAUAUUCUAAAGCAACAUUUGCUGUAUUUGGCAAGGGAUUCAUUGCUAGAGACAUGGGGUUCCAAAACACUGCAGGUGCAAUCAAGCACCAGGCAGUGGCCUUGAUGUCAAACUCAGAUCAAUCCGUCUUCUACAGGUGUUUCAUCGAUGCAUUUCAAGACACGCUCUACGCCCAUGCCAACCGGCAGUUCUACCGUGAAUGCAACAUCACCGGGACAGUUGAUUUCAUCUUUGGGAACUCAGCAGUGGUGUUGCAGAACUGCAACAUACUGCCUAGAGUGCCCUUACCUGGCCAAAAGAACACCAUCACAGCACAAGGCAAGUUUGACCCAAAUCAGAACUCUGGAAUCUCAAUCCAAAAUUGCACCAUUUCGCCAUAUGGGGACUUGAGUUCAGUCCAAACAUACCUUGGACGGCCUUGGAAGAACCACUCAACAACAUUGUAUGUAGGUAACCUUAUGGGGAGCUUUAUCGACCCCAGUGGAUGGUUGCCAUGGACAGGCACAUCAGCUCCAGACACCAUAUUUUAUAGUGAGUUUCAAAAUUAUGGCCCUGGAUCUUUGACUAAAGAUAGAGUUAAAUGGCAGGGGGUGAAGAACAUUACACGCAAACAAGCCAGCAAAUUUACAGUAAGUUCAUUCAUCCAAGGGAACCGAUGGAUAUCAGCUGCAGGUGUUCCCUACAAAUCCGGCCUCUGACCAUGGAGCAUUUCAUUCAAGUAUAGCAUCAAUGGCGAUGAAUUUGUUUUCUAUUGCAAUUGUAAUUUGUGUUAAUGAUAUUUAUUGAUAUGGAUUGAAUGAAUUGCACGCAAUUCAUAUAGAGUUUACAUGGGAUUUAAUGCUAUAUUACUUCCCAAACCCAAACAGAGAUCCAAGCCCCUUUUGGCAGCCCAUCAAAGUAAAGAACACAUUAACAGAAUUGUAACUACCAACCAAUGCAUAUCUGAUUAUCUUGCAUGAAAUCUUGACAACUCAACAGGCCGUCCUUUGUUGCAUUGGAAGUCUUUUUCCUAGGACCAAUGUUACCUGCUCCUCCUAAUGCUGGACAAGGAUUAAAAAAUAACAUAUGCCUAUCUGUAAAGACGAAUUCAGUGAAGUUCUCAUACAACGGACACUGGAUUCGAUAUAAUUAACAUUUACUAGCCUAACAUACUAUAGCACAAGUCAGUGUUCCUUCAAAAAGUAAAAAUAAAAAAUAAAUGAGAGAAGAAGGAAAUAAAAAGAUGGUAAAACUCGAUAAAAGUUGGGACUCAGCCCAAAGGAUUGUGUUCUGGUUUGUAGUACCAACACAACCAUUGAUUCCUAAUAUCCUGUUCGAAGGAGACUGGUCGUUUUGGAUACUUCAGCGUUCAGUAACUCGAGCAUGGCUGUAAGUAAAAUGCUAUGGAAAUUGAUAUUCUUUACCAUACAUAGCCGUUUGCAUGUUGCGGACAUGUCAGAAAGGAAAAGAUGCAUUUGGUUGCUCAGUUUUAGGCUACAUCAUGAAUUAAAUAAGGUUGAGUUACGUGUUAUUUCCGACUUGGUUUUGUCAUCAAGAAGCAGACGAUAGAGCCAGACCACACUGAUGAUAUAACCAUUCUGUCAAAAUCGACGCUGGCUUUCAAA